GUGGACUCCUGCGUCGUUUGGCCCUACGACGGCCCCACCGGCGAGGUGGAUCUGGAGACUCCGCCCGAACAGGCGCUGAGCGGAGCUCAGCGGAGCUGAGCGGAGCUGAGCGGAGCUGCGGAAUCGGUCCGAUGGUGCAUGGACUUGAAGGUCGCAAGGACGAAAGGUCCGGAACACGAAACAUGUUCCAUGUUUAAACCCACAUGUGGACCCAUUCCACCAUGUUUCAGAUUCCAUGGUUCCAUUCUGUUUAAACCUAUACAUGUUCCAUCUUCCUCCAAAGAAAACACCUUGGAAGUGGAUGGAACUGGGAGAAGGCGAAGGAAACAGAGAAGGCGACGGUGUUUUGAUAUGUGUCCGAUCCUUUUCUCUCAGGUGAUUCACUGACCAAAGAAUACCAAACAUGGGUAGAGGGGAAACCAACUGGAUCCUAGAGUUGUCCUGUAGACAUUGAGACCUUGGGCGCUGAAGAACACGUAUUGAACUUGUGAUGUGUUACAUCCAGUUGUCAGUUGGUCUAUAAUCUCCUAGCGCACGCAUGUUCGAGCUCACCUAUGAGAGAACACACACACACAAACAUGAGCACCUCAAGGUCCACCAAAUACACCCUGCCAAAAGCGACACUUUGUCAAGGUCCAGCAAAUGCUGCGCCUGCCACGAAAGCUGGGUGUCAAGGUUUCGCAAAGUGCUGCGCAUCACGCAGCCUUGCCAGGGCAUUUUGCAAAUCGAAUGCUUCCAGUGACCACUUCGAGAUGUCCAAAAGUCCAGUAUAGUGAAGUAUAGUGCACAUGUCUUGACAUUUGCACAACCAACUUAUUGUCAGUGUUUGGGACGAAAUGUCACACCCAUGUCACACAUGCGGGGAAUCGGAGCGAGGAGGAACGAUUCAGUGUGCCCACGGAUUUGGCAAAAUACGGUUUGUGCUUUUGAUCUUGCAAAUAUUUAAUGGAACUUCUGUUUCAGUGUUUCACUAGAUUGUUUGCAUUAAGAUGGUCAGUGCUAAAAUGUGGUGAGGUUGCCUUGAAUCGCCUACCAUGUCGGAUGCAGGGUGAUCUUUGUUGUGUUUAUAUUACAGCGGUGUAAAGUUAGUAAGAGUUUACUGUAAACUUUGGGGUGUUAGCGAUCUACUUGUCAUGUCAUUCACUCAACUACACCAAUGUGAAACGUCAUGCAUUGGAUUUGGGUAUUCUAAACCACUACAAUGAGGCAGUCGCUAUCCAGUUCAUCCCAUUUCAGUGCUUUGGCAAUGGCAGGACUACCUCUUCCAAAUCGCCGAUGAGACAGUCCUCAGGGAGUUUGAGGCCGUGGUGGAACUCUCCCACGAGCGUGACCCAUUCCUUCUCUACAAGUCUACCGGAGGCCCUGGGUGGAAGGAGCCGGGCAGACUUUCUCCGCCGGCGGCCGGGCGGCCGCAGCGGUUCGAGAAUGCACGUCUUCAGCUUAUGGAAGAUGAGAUGGCCCUCUCCAUGCUAAUCUCUAGGAGCGCCCAAGAGGCCCGCCAGGCCGAGGCCGCCGAGGCCGCCGAGGCCGAGGCCGAGGGCGGAGAUGCGGAGAGCCCCACGGAGCCGAAGGCGCUCAUGAAGCUCAUCGCCAAGUUCCAAGAGGUUGGCCUUGAAAGGACCGCGAAGGUGGCACCGCACUGGUUGGCGCUGCUGAGGACGCCAACUCCUGCAACAGCAGAGGAUGCUGCAGAGAUUCCGCCCCCACUUCAGCCCGGCGGUGAGACCAGCGAUGCGGCGGUGAGCCGACUGCCCAUUGCGGUCAAGAGGUGGUGCCCGAAGACCUGAGGAGCUGUCAAGUGAGCGUGGGCAGUUGUGGACCUUUUAGAUUGGAUUCAGCCUGGCCCAGCAUGGUGUGUUUUGCGAACUUGUUUG